GAAGUUAUGAAGAAAAAAUUCGUAAACAAAGCUUAAGACUUAAGAAAAAACUUUAAAAUAUUUAAAUAAAGCCUAAACUAAGGCAAAAGUGAUAAUGACAAGCACUAAAUUUAUUCAAAAAUUGAAAUCAUUACUCACAGUAACCAGUUCAAGUGCUGUCAUAUUCGGAAGCGUAUUUUAUUACAGAAAUGACGAGAAGUUUUUUGAAAAUAUCGCAAUGCCAAUCACAAGAAAGUUUGCAGAUGCAGAAACAUCACACAAAAUAGUUAUGUUUGCAUGCAAAUGGAAUUUAUUGCCGCCAAAUAAAUAUGAAGAUCCCGAAAUGUUGAAUACACAAAUUUGUGGUAUAAAGUUGAAAAAUCCUUUGGGUUUGGCUGCAGGGUUUGAUAAAGAUGGGGAAGCCAUUAAAAGCUUACACAAUUUAGGAUUUGGAUUUGUUGAAAUUGGAAGUGUUUGUCCUGAAGAGCAAUCAGGGAGUUCUAAACCAAGCGUAUUCAACCUUGACGAAGACAAAACCAUUAUACAUAGACACGUUUACGCCAGCAAAGGUCACGAGUAUGUUGUUCCGAAUAUGCGAUAUCUUAGAAGGAAGAUAGAAUACGAAGGAAUAAUAGGCGUUAAUAUGGGAAGAAAUAAAUGGUCGGAUCCUAUCCAUGACUAUUCUAUGGGUGUGAAAGUAUUUAGUCCUACAGCAAAUUAUCUAGUCAUAAAUAUAGAACAAAGAAGUCAUUUAGAAGAAUACACUGAAGAAGUUCGCAAAGCGCGAUUGUUAUUUGAUAUUGAAAAGCAACGUCCAAUAUUUAUCAAAUUAUCACCAGAUUUGAACUAUGAAGAAUUAAAAGAAAUCAUAAAUGUGACGAAGAAAAACAAGUACAAAGUUGACGGGUUUAUUAUUUCAGACGCUACCAAAAACAGAUACUCUUUGAAAAGUACAAAUAAAAAUGAAGAUAGAGGCUUAAGUGGACAAAUUUUGCGUGAAAAGUCCACGAAAAUGAUUGAAGAUGUUUAUAAAUUGACCUCAGGAAAAGUGGCAAUUAUAGGCUCGGGAGGAAUUUUCAAUGGUCAAGAUGCUUAUGAAAAAAUUCUUGCUGGAGCUUCAGCAGUUCAAAUAUACACGAGUUUCAUGUACCAAGGCCCACCGGUUGUAAAUAAAAUUAAAAGAGAACUCCACGAACUUCUUGUUAACAAUGGAUAUAAAAAUGUAACUGAGGCAGUUGGGAAAGGAGUAAAACUUGAAAAAAAAUUCAUUUGGUUUUUGUAAUUAAAAAUAAUUAAAUAAAUAAAUGCCUGAAAGGUUUCCAAAGAUUAAAAAAGCAAAUCCAAUUAUUUUUCUUCAUAUAAUAAUCUUUAUUUGAAAUCCUUUAAAUAAUUUAUUUAACAAAAAUUCCACCAAUCUGAUUUACCUUAAAUUUCUAUGCAUUUAUCUUUUCACCUUUUUUCUUCUACAAAUACCUAAUUUAAUAUUUAUGAGAUUUUCCGCUCAAAUUUAGAAUCUUUUCGAAGCCAAUAAUCACAAAUGAUAAACAACUUGAGCAAAUAAAUUUUUAAUUUGAGGUGGGAGCAACAUUUCAUCUAUUUAGGUUUGAUUAUCAAUUGCCAUGUAACAAGAAACAUUCAAUUAAUUAUUGUUAACUUAAUAGAAGAUUGCAUCUAUGUAAAAUUUAGUCGAAUUCACUUAAAAGAAAAUAAAAAUCAGCUCCACUGGGAUUUAUUUGAAAAGAUUCCUAAAUUUUCAAUUUUCUAGACAUUUCUCACUGUUCAAAAUUCAAGACAUAAUCUUUAAUUGGUAAUGGCAUAUUUAAGCGAUUGAUAUUGUUGGCUAGUUUUCGAUUUAAGCUCUCAUAAAUUGUCACACGACAUAUUUCUUUAAGACUUCGCGGCUUACGAUAGAGCUGCGAUAUUAAAUUAAAUAAAUGUUCUGUGGAUUUGUUUGGUACUUGGACAAUGAAAAGAUUAUGAAGACUUUUGAGACAACUAUAGAGCACUUCAUGGCGCAUGGUGUAGUAGAAAAGAUAAAUAAUUUUCGUAUAAUGACGAUCAGGUUGAGUAAGAAUAAAUUCUUUUCUGGUAAUGAGCAUGAUAUAGUAAAAUAGAAUAUAAUUUCUUGCAUUAUUUCGGAACGAAUUUCUCAUAUUAUCGUUGUUGAGGUUGUUCUCUGGUGCUGCUAAAUGUCGCAUUUGACUACUGCUACUAGCUAAUGCUUCACUUACAGCUGUCAUCGAUCCAGAUACUUGCUUGCUAUUUAAAAUCACAUUUGGAUCAGCUCCAUAUUGUAGGAUUGUAAGAGUUAAUUCAUAAAUACAAAGAAUAUCAGUUGAAACAGUUCGAACAUUUUGAACCAUUUCCAUGAUUGAUUGUAAAAUGUGUUGUGAUGUCAGAUUACAAUCCAAUCCGUGUUGUAAAAGAAGAAGUAGAAUAUUUUUAAUAAAGUCAAAAUUUGCACGCUUUUGAAUAUCACAAUUAACACUGACAGUGAAAUUUUCACUAACUGUAAAUAUGAGAACAUGAAGAGGCGUCAAAUUGGAACGAUAGGAACAGUUUGGAUUUGCGCCAUGUUGUAACAGAAUCCGAAUACAAUUAAGAUAAAAAACCUUCAUUGUAUGAGUAAAAGAAUGAAGCGGAUCUUUGUUAAUUAAUGGAACUAAACACACCAUCAAAGGAACUGAACCAUCUCUACCAACAAUAUUAGGAUCUCCAUCUUCUUUAAUCAGCAUAUUCACAAGCUCAUAGCAAACUUCCCAAUCACGAAUAUGACGAAAAACGCAAGCCAAUGCGCUAUUCCCUGGUUGAUUGAUACUUUGCUUUGCUCCAUUUUGAAGAAUGAAUCUGACUAAAUUAAGGAUGUCAUAUUUACUCCAUUUAUCGUAUCCAUAACGAGCUUCUUCAAGCGCAUAUCUCACAAUAACAGCGUGGAGUGGAGUGUUGCCCAAGUAAUCAGGUUCAUUAAUUAAGUCUUUACAGCCACGUUCCAAUAAGAUUCUAAUAGUAUUAAGCGUAUCGUCAGCUGAUUUUCUUGCUGUAAGAAUGACAACAUGAAGAAGUGUCAUUUGUUGUGUUGACGUUCUAACCGUUGUAAUAGCUUCAUGUUGAAUAAGUAACUCAAGAAACUUUCCAUCGUGUAAAACUGCUUGAUGAAUUGGGUAGAAUUCAUCUUUCAUGAGAUUUAUUUCAUCGGAUCGAGUGGUAACUAAUUGUUGAACGCAUUUCCAUGCACCCCGUUCACAAGCUAAAUGCAGUAAUGGUUUUCUACCUCGAAAUAACACGCCCCAUGGCUCUUCCAUCUUUUGCGAUAAAAUAUUCAGAACAUUUAUUUGAUCACCAUCGAUAGCAUAACUGACGCAGUUUUGAAGUUUUGUUGUUGGUCGAUCACAGACGACACUAUCGGGUUCACCUUUAUAUUUCCCAACUUCUUCACAAUUAUGUGAAUGCAAACAGGGAAAGCACAUUCGUGCCUCUGUGUCUAAUCUUGCACCGUGUUUUAACAACAACUCAACACAUUCAAUGUUGCCUUUAACACAAGCUAUGUGAAGUGGAAGUGAACAAGGAAAACGAUUGACAUCAGUAUGUGGUCGAGCUAGAAUCCAUUUAACAAGUUCGAUGUGAUUAAGUCCAACACUUUUUUGAAGUAAAUUAUACCCGAGAUUAUCAUGAAUUGUUAAGAUGUUUUCGUGCCUUAGGUAUUUGGAGUAGAAGUGCCUCUAAUCUUUGAAUUGAUAUUUUUGGAUUUGCUCUCAGAACAUCAAACAGCGUUUCGAUUUUGGAUGCAGUUGACUCUGAAAGUUUUGCGUUGUCUCGGUUAACGCUUAACAAGAGCCCACCAGGUCGAAACACUGAAUUGCCCAUUUUAUUUUACUGAUAUUUAUUUUCACUAUAUUAUCGCUUCAUUCAUAGAGAGUUCAACACUACAAUAAAGGUCACUGAAAGAAUUAUGCAAUUCUACUGAAAUAUUUUGUUCCAAAUAUUGUUUUUAAUAUUUUUAUCGAUUGUCUAAAUAAAUCCUUUUUUUUCACUGCCAAUUUAUUACUUCUUUCACUAUUUAGUUCUCUUCUUCACACCAAUGAAAAUAAGGAGAAUUGCAAUUUUCAUAUCAUAAGUUCUGUCUUAACUUAAAUCAAGUCUGAUGAGAAUAAUUAAAAGAAGUUUCGAGUUUUUUUUACAGAAAAUAUCAAUUUUUCUUUAACUCUUCAAAUUUCUUAGUUUCACGAAACAUUUUUCACAUUAAAA